AAUGAGUUCUUUGUUGUUUAUUACGAUGCGUGACUGUAUUUUUUCUUGGCAUUGAAGACGAGCUGCUCCCUGGCACGAUGUGCUAAUGUUACGUGCACGGUCACGGCCACCAACAUCAACAACAAACACGCCAACGAAAGUAAAAAGAAGACAUAUUGAAGACACUUGUAUUGCAUUUUCUCAUAGAGUGGGAAAUGUGUUGGCGAGGAUUUCUAUAAAAGCAGCCAGUUCUUCAUGGAACACUCAUAUCAAACUCAAUCAUCACACAAAGUCAAGUCAAGGACGUAUCAUGCAAGUGGGAAGUUUAUUACUUCUGUUGUUCGUUGUCAGCGCCCUCUUUGUGAUUGUCUACUGCCAGGAAGAUGAUGUUGAUCGUCGGGAUGUGCAUAGAAUUAUUUUGAAACCGGAAAAGAGCAAAAAACAUAAGAAACGCACAAAAGCACCAAAAACAAAACAAUUCCGUCCGCAUCAACCAAUCAGCAGUCUGGAGGAGAAUGUGUAUGAGCCUACUGCGCAUGCGUCCUCCACACGAUACCAAAAACACCGGGAACGACCUUUUUAUCCCAAUCAUCAUGACGAAUACCAUGAUCUCAUCAAACCAAAGCCACCACGACACGAGGAUGCAACACCAUAUAGCUAUCCGGAAGAAGAAUCACAGUAUCAGGAGACGGCCAGCUCGAAUCAACAGAAUUACGUGCCUUAUCUGCAGAACUCAGAUUGGAACCCGAUCCCCUCGACACAACUGACGCACAACGACUACCACCCCGAGGCCGUCGUCACGCCCAGCGCCGCCUCGACGCAAAAACGCAACAAGCGUAAGAAGAAGACGCGCCGAACGACGACAACCACGACCACGCACAGACCAGUUGUGAUUUUCAUGACGAGCACCCCAUACGUGCCGCCAUUAACGACCACGACCACAAGUAGACCAUUGACAUACCGGGAUAUUGUUUCGUUUCAAGCCGGGUCACCGCCACAAGCGCAACCACAGGUUAUGAAACUGAAACCGAAAGCGCCGCUGCACCAACAACACCACUACGUCAAUUACAACCAUAAUAAUAAGUCACAUAUUAGAUAUGAGGUUAGUGGUAGUAGCAGACCUAAAGGGAUAGCGUUACCACCUCCACAAACACCUUCCACUAGGUAUACCAAUACACAGAUUCAUACACAACCAGUGGUGGCGCCCUCUGUCCACCAGCCGGUGUAUCAAACGAUUCAUCACAACACAGACAACUCCUAUGAGGUGUUCGAACGUGCGAAAGACUACAACAAGCAGAUUAAACAAACCAGCUUCAAGAGUACACUGGUCCCACAGCCGGUUUACCCACAAUUACAACCAUUCCUACCAACGGUAAGUACCUACACGAUUGUGGCGAAGUCUACGAAGGCGCCAUUACCGUCACAGCUUGAUUUCGGAAAGAAACAGGUCCCGCUUGUACCAAAUGUGGGAUUUGGUAAACUUUAUCUCGGAGGGGUCAAUUGAUUAGAGACAUACUCGUAGAUAA